AUGGGGGCCUGGGGGUGCCCCCAGGGAUCGGCCCAGCUGCUCACGGACAGCCCUUCCAAAGCGGGCAAAAAGCCCCGGAAGAAGGCGGCGUCUCCCACCCAACCCGCCGCCGCCGUGGCGGUGGCCGAGCAGGUGGAGACGGUGCUGAUCGAGACGACGGCGGAGAACAUCAUCCAGGCCGGCAACAACCUGCUGAUCGUGCAGAGCCCCGGCGCGGGGCAGCCGGCCGUGGUGCAGCAGGUGCAGGUGGUGCAGCCCAAGCAGGAGUCGCAGGUGGUGCAGAUCCCACAGCAGGCCCUGCGCGUGGUCCAGGCGGCCUCGGCCACGCUGCCCACCGUGCCCCAGAAGGCCUCCCAGAACUUCCAGAUCCAGGCGGCGGAGCCCACCCCGACCCAGGUCUACUUCAAAACCCCCUCGGGGGAGCUGCAGACCGUGGUGCUCCAGGAGGCCUCAGCCAUGGCCGUGGCUCCGUCGGGAUCGUCCUGCAGCAGCCCCGUGUCCCGCAGCCCCGGCCCGGGGGGCUCCAGGAAACCCCCGCCCCGCAAGGAGCGCCCGCUGCCCAAAAUCGCCCCGGCCGGGGGCAUCCUGAGCCUGAACGCUGCCCAGCUGUCUGGAGAGAUCCAGCCCGGAGAGAAGAGGAGGAGGAUGGCCUGUACCUGCCCCAACUGCAAGGAUGGGGAGAAGAGGCCGGGGGAUCCAGGGAAGAAGAAGCACAUCUGCCACAUCCCCGAGUGCGGCAGAACCUUCCGGAAGACGUCCCUGCUGAGGGCCCACGUGAGGCUGCACACGGGGGAGAGGCCCUUCGUGUGCAACUGGGUGUUCUGCGGGAAGCGCUUCACGCGCUCCGACGAGCUGCAGCGGCACGCGCGGACACACACGGGUGAGGGGUAAA